AUAUUUCUAGUCGUCUCCCUCCCUCAACUUCUCGGCAGAUCUGGCCACUCCCACGCGCCCAGUCUCCUAAACCCUACUCGCAUCCCCUCUCCUCUCGCCGCCGCGGCCAUGGCCGGGGGGCUCGCACCCUUGGCCACCCUCCUCCUCCUCCUCCUCCUCGUCGCCGCCCCCCUCGCCUCCGCCGUCCGCCCGGUCUCCGACGCGCACAGAUCCGCUGCCGCCGAGCUAUUCGCCGCUUCCGCUGACGGAUCCUUCGGCGAUUUGGAGACGACGUAUGAGGCGGUCAGGACGUUCCAGAUACUCGGGGUGGAGAAGGGCAAGAGCUUGACUGGUAAGGCGUGCGAGCUUGCCGCCGAGAAGCUGGCUCCCUCGUCGUCGUCGCCCGCGAAGGAUCUGUUCCACGCGGUCCGGAUCAGCGGCGUCGUCGGAUGCAGUGUCGACUCUAGCGUUUACGAUGAUGUUGCCACAAGGCUUAAGACAGUGAUCAAGGACACAAACUCGCUGCUGGAACUUUACUACUCUGUGGGAGGGUUGCUGAGCAUCAAGGAACAAGGUCACAAUGUUGCUUUAUCUGGUGCAGAUAGCACAUUUCAUGCAAUUAAGGCACUUAGCCAAAGCGACGGAAGGUGGCGUUAUGACACUAACAGUGCUGAGUCGAGCACAUUCGCUGCUGGUAUUGCACUAGAAGCGUUGGCUGGAGUUGUUUCACUGGCUGACGUGGAGGUUGACCCUUCCAUGAUAGCUGUGGUGAAAAAUGACAUUGUGAAGCUAUUCGAUACAAUCAAGAGCUAUGACGAUGGGACGUUCUACUUUGAUGAGAAGAAUGUUGAUGCUACCGAAUACAAGGGCCCAAUAACAACUGCUGCUUCAGUAGUUCGGGGUGUCACCUCUUUUGCAACUGUUGCUUCUGGGAAAUUGAAUAUCCCUGGUGAGAAAAUACUGGGUUUGGCGAAGUUCUUUCUUGGUAUAGGGCUCCCAGGUAGCGCAAAGGAUUGCUUUAACCAGAUUGAGUCGUUAUCAUUCCUGGAGAACAACAGGGUUUUUGUUCCUCUGGUUCUUUCGCUUCCGUCCAAAGUGUUUUCGCUGACCUCCAAGGACCAGCUCAAGGUGGAAGUCACUACAGUAUUUGGAUCUACUGCUCCUCCGCUAAGAGUGAAUCUCGUACAAGUACUGGGCUCUGACUCCAAGGUCGUCAUCGCUGAAACCAAGGAACUUCAGUUUGACCUUGACAACAAUGUUCAUUACCUAGACAUUGCUCCUCUUAAAAUAGAUGUUGGGAAGUACUCUCUUGUUUUUGAGAUUUCUCUUCAGGAGCCAGAACAUGAAACUAUUUAUGCUACUGGAGGGAGAAACACUGAGACCAUCUUUGUCACAGGAUUGAUCAAAGUGGACAAGGCAGAAAUCGGACUUUCUGACAAUGAUGCUGGGACUGUGGAGUCUGUUCAAAAGAUAGAUCUGCAGAAAGAUACAAGUGUCUCUCUUUCCGCCAACUAUCUGCAGAAGCUGCGGUUAUCUUUUCAACUAAGUACACCGCUUGGGAACACGUUUAAACCUCACCAGGUGUUCUUGAAGUUAAAGCAUGAAAGCAAGGUUGAGCAUUUAUUUGUAGUACCAGGCUCUGCAAGGCAGUUUAAAAUUGUUCUAGAUUUUCUUGGUUUGGUGGAGAAAUUGUACUACCUUUCUGGAAGAUAUGACCUGGAGCUUGCAGUUGGUGAUGCUGCAAUGGAGAACUCUUUUAUACAAGCCCUUGGUCAUCUUGAAUUGGACUUGCCUGAGGCCCCAGAAAAAGCCACCAAACCUCCAGCACAUGCUGUUGACCCGUUCUCAAAAUUUGGUCCAAAGGAGGAGAUAUCGCACAUUUUCCGUGCACCAGAGAAGAGACCACCCAAGGAACUCUCCCUUGCAUUUACGGGUCUCACGCUUUUGCCUUUUGUUGGGUUCUUGAUUGGGCUUAUGCGUCUGGGAGUAAACUUGAAGAACUUCCCGUCCUUGCCAGCACCAGCGGCAUUUGCUUCACUUUUCCAUGCUGGAAUUGGAGCAGUCCUGCUGCUCUACGCUCUCUUCUGGGUUAAGCUUGAUCUUUUCACAACUCUGAAGUACCUCAGCUUCAUUGGUGUUUUCCUUGUGUUUGUGGGCCAUAGGGCUCUAUCUUACCUGUCAUCCACGUCAACGAAACAGAAGACUGCUUGAGAGCGGUGCAACGAGGAUCCACAAUCACAAAUUUUCGAGCGUCACAAGUUGCUUAGGUUCUUUCUUUUGGUGCAUUCGCUUGAUAUUCUGACCAUUUUUCUUGAGCAACCGAGUUACGAGGGACAACCGGACAAGUCGAUUUCAGUUUUGUGGGGGGUUAAGAAUCCUGGAGCUAGAAAUGUAGGACCUCACCUUGUAUUAUGAUGCACUGAUAUGUUCUCAAUAGACGUAUGUUUGAUGAUAGAAUUAAUAAUACCUUAUUCCUAAUUGCAUUA